UUGACGGCUGUGUCUCCUGCAUCAGGCAUCUCACUGCUCAUCUUUCUCCUCCUUGCAGGUGGCUCCUGCGCCUGCGCUGGCUCCUGCAAAUGCAAAGAGUGCAAAUGCACCUCCUGCAAGAAGAGCUGCUGCACCUGCUGCCCUGUGGGCUGUGCCAAGUGCGCCCAUGGCUGUGUCUGCAAGGGAGCCUCCGACAAGUGCAGCUGCUGUGCAUGAUGCGUGACGCGUGACGCGGGGAGAGCCGGCUCCCGGAUGUAAAUAGAGAAAUGUCUACAAACCUGCAUUUUCGGAUAUUUUUUCAUAAACCCUGACCCAGUUGCUAUGUCCCUUUUUGUAUGAAGUAUUUGGAUGACAAUAAACGUUUCGAGACUC